CGACACGAUAUCCUCAGAUCCAAACUCCAACAACACGACCCGUCGAGCGCCCUCCAGGGUGCUCACCCGAAGCGUAGAGCUUGUCGAAGCCCAUUCCUCUCACCACCACCGUCAACGCUACCUUCAUCGUUAUCUACACCAACUUACAACCGCUGUGAAGCCCGACGCCGAGGAAGACGAGGAACAACACUGGCCAUCAUGUCGAACAAGCCAAAGACCUUCCUUCAAAACGGCAUGCAUACAGCCGGCAUCUUCUCGGACCUCAGUGUCGAUGGUCCCGAAAUUGGCACCGUCGUUGCUGUGGUCGAUCGAGCCAAGAACCUGCCGAAUCGGAAGACCAUUGGCAAGCAGGAUCCUUAUUGUGCUGCUCGUCUGGGGAAAGAAGCUAAGAAGACCACGACCGACAUCCGAGGCGGCCAAACCCCAAAAUGGGACCAGGAGCUCCGUUUCGUCGCGUACGACUCGCCCGACUACUACCAACUGAAGGUGUCCGUCUUCAAUGACGACAAGAGAACCGACUUGAUUGGAGAAACCUGGAUAGACCUGCGAGACAUCAUCGUACCCGGCGGAGGGCUGAGCGAUCUCUGGCAUAGCCUAUCGUACAAGGGCAAGUACGCCGGCGAAGUCCGCAUGGAGAUCACCUAUUACGACUCCCGCCCCAAGCCCGAAAAGCCUGCAGCGAAGCCCAAGCCUGUUGCUGCCGACCAGCAGGACGGUCCAAAGCCGACAACCACAUCCCGGACACCCGUUAAAAGGCGACCCCUUCCUUCCGAUCCUGUCACCGGAGAAGUGGCGGAGCCAGCCGCUGUUACACCUGUGAGGGCUCACCCUAUGCAGCCGUCGGCCUAUGUCUCGAACCAAUCCCCGGUGCAGGCUGCAGAGUACAACACCCCGCCUCCUGGUGCCCCUCGUCAGUACCAGCUGGAACCAUACGGCCAUUCCCCGCAUGCAGCCCCUAAUCCCCAUCCCAACUCGUACGGGACACCUCCAGCUCGCAUGGACGUGUCCCAGCCGCACACCCCGACCUCGGGUAAUCGCCAGGACGUUUAUCUCAGUCGGGCCGAAGAAAGAGACUAUAGCCCCCGGCACCAUAGUCACACUCAGCUGUCUUAUCCUCAGAGAGAUUCUCUCGGGUUCUACAGCCCGCGUUCCGACCGAUACGAUGCUCCUCCGCCUAUCGAUAACUACCGACAAGAGCUUCCGGCUGGCGAUGAUCGGCCUCCUCCGCCACCCGUCCACAGAAGCAGGCACAAUAGCAGCGUGGGUUCCCAAGACAUGGUGGUCCGCAGCUCCUUCGAAACGCCUCCCAAGGGGACGUCGCCCAUGCGCCACGACGUUUUGAAGCACGAGGCCCACCGCCGAGCACCGUCGUAUCCUGGACGGCCGGCUUACAGGCCCUACGACUCGUCACCCGCGGCGCCGAACCCCAUGUCAUCUCCGCCGGCUGACAACGCCUUGACCCAUCAGCCGUCGCCGUCCCAUCGUCGUUCGCACGAAAACGGCCAUGAUGCGUACAGGUCGAUGCAGCCCACGGUGGAAGAUGUCCCCGAGUCUCCCACACCAGCUCGGAAAAUCAGCCAGGGCCACCCAUGGACGCCGCAGCGCGAUGAGCCGACCUAUGACCAGCACGUGUCACCAGCGCCGGUGAACACGACUGACAGGGGAAACGCGGCUCCCGUGCCAUACAGCAGGUCUCCGCAGUAUGAAACCAUACAGUAUGACCAGUCCGCCUCCCCGGCGCCAUUGAACCUGAGUGGGAAGGGGAAUGCGAUGCCACCCCAGUACAAUACCUUGCCGCAGUCCAACCAUCCCAGCCAGGACGACUAUAGGCACCAGCAACCCUCGGUCUCCCCAUUGUCUCAGGACAGGCACCGGCAGCCUUCGGUGUCGCCAUUGUCUCACGGAGAAUACGACUUUGUCUCAACCGAAGCCUCUCACCAUACGCAUAACAGCCUGGAGCAGCACGCACCCCAAGCGAACGAGCUCCAAGGCAAUGAACUCCAGCUUUAUGGGAUGCCAUCUGUACCUCCAUCACUGGUCCCUGGCGUCGAUCCCAUGUCAGCGCAGGAGGUCGCCGAUCGAAUGCAUCAGGAAAGGCGACAGGAGAGGCGUUACACGUCCCAGGAUAUAGAUACUCCACCUCGUGGAAGGUACCAUCCGGAGCAUGCAAACUACGCAAACUACGCCCGGGAGGGCUCGCACGGCUCGCCACAAACCUACACGUCGCAGUCGUACGACGAUCGGUCGGUCAUGACCUACUCGAACGUCGCUCCGGCUCAGAAUUAUCAGCUGGUCAAGGCAAGUUCGGUUUCCCCGCAGCCGAUGCCGAAUCCGAUGCCCAACCCUCAACAUACGAUCAAGCGAAAGUCGGUGAGCCCAGCACCGCCACCGCGAGAUGAUCCCUCGGAGGGCCGCAGGCUCUCUGGCGUCCCUUUUGGUCCAGAUUCUUAUGAUGCUCUCAACCCUGUCUUGUCAUCUGGCAAGGACGCAAACGAGCCAGACUCAAACGGGAAGAUCAUCACUCAUGACGGUCGAGAGAUCGACCCUUCGGACCACUUGCCCAUGGAGACCUGGGCCCCCGAGCCCGAACCCAGGCCGGCCAAAGCCCCGACGCCGGAGACGCGACCACGGCCAAAUGGUGCGCAGCCAAUGCCUCCCUCUGGUCGCCGCCCUCUUCGUGUGGCUGGUCGCCCGCACUCGCAGUCCGCGGCUGCCCUACCACCUCCUUCCUACGGUCUAUCCGAUGGAUCUUCCGCCGUUGCCCCGCUAAGCGGCAACCGAAACCGUCUGCAGAAGAAAGCCCAGCGUGUCUCCGCACUUCCGGCACCACCUGCUGCCGACUCUGGGCCCCUGGCCCCCAUCUCAUCGCACAACUACCAGGAGGGCCCGGGCAACGGCUUCACUCCGCCCCAGCGCUUGCCCCGUGCGAGUACAUGGGAUUAUCCCAGCGAGAACCGCGCGCCUCAAUACGGUAGCUCCCCAGGAAGCCGUGCCAUGACGGGGCCUCCCCUUCCGGCCAAGGUCCCUCUGCCAGUGAUGAGCGGUGCGUUGGUUCGCAGUGGGGGCGAACCAACCGGUGAGGACUGGGCUUUGAUGCAGGAGAUGAGCCGCAUUGACAUUGGCACCGGUAGGUCCCGGCGGCAUGGCGGAUACUAAAAGGUGGUACGUAGACUAUGCCGUCUGAAUAGUUGAGUAUGUAUGACGUUGAUGUUGUAUUAUGAUCUUUUUUUUUUC